UCACGAUGAAAAUCAUUUGUUGUUGUAGAAAGUUAUAGGAGCAACAUUCCUGAUGGCGACGGGUACGUGAUGAAGUUCAUAAACGUAUGAUAAGAACUGAGAACUCAGAGAACUUCAAGGACAAGAUCAAUGAGGUGACCGGUGUUAUGGCGGUUGUGUAUGGUGGUGACCCCAGCCGCAGGACUCCCCAGGCCAUCUACAUCUGCCCUACCAGGGAGAUUGCGCAGCAGGUGUUGAUGCAGGCAGAUAUGUUCCUGACCAAGCUGACCAGCAUGUGCAAGAGGAGCACGGAGAAGGGCUCUAUGUGGGUCACCAUGAAGCGAUUGUCGAUGAAGUGUCAGGCUAGGUUGAAGAAGAUGGCGAGUAAGGGGGAGCCUGUUGAGUACCGGUGCCUGGUCUGCGCCACCGAUGGCAAGAGGAACAUCUCCACCUUGGUGAAGUGCAAAUCCAAGUUUGAAGCUGUGAAGCAUAUCAACAAAGACUAG